AUGUCUUCUUCAUCGUUCGCAACUGUUACAAAAGUGUAGGCGGCACUAAAAAUCGCUGAAAUCAUCGAUUAGUUUCAGGGUGCAAGAAUUCGAGGCGAAAUGUGCGAGAGCGCCUGGGCACUGUGAAAAAGUGUACGAGAAGCUGGAGAACGAGUGUUUUCGAGCGAUUUUCGGCGUUUCCGACACGUGCAUCGACAAUUUGCACGUUGCCAAAGUGGUCUUUUGUGGCAGGAGCCGGGCAAAAGGUGAACUUCUUUAUAGAUAAGCGAAAACUGGGGUCUGUAGCAGAGAUGUUGGGAAUUCCGUGUUCCGUGUUCCGCGUUUUUUUGCAAUAUUUUUUCCGUGUUCCGUGUUCCGCAAAAAAAAAAAAUUUCCGUGUUCCGUGUUCCGUGUUCCGUAGAAAUAAGUUUUUCCGUUUUCCGUGUUCCGUGUUCCGUAUAAACUAUAUUUUCCGCGGAAAAAUUCGAUCACAAGUGGAUUCCAUUUUCAGUCGUUUUUUACUGUAGUUGUUUACUGUUGUGUUGUUGGUUUUGUUAUUUUUAUGAAAUUUUCAGUAAAACUUUUAACAUGAGUCAAACAGCUGCCUUGUCAGUCAGAUAAUCGAAUUAAACAAAACAUUAUUUUUUAAAAAAAAUCACUGGAAUUCUCUUGAAAACGCUUUUUUCCGUGUUCCGUAAAAAAAAAUUUUCCCCUGUUCCGUGUUCCGUAAAAAUAAAAAUUUUCCGUCUUCCGUGUUCCGUGUUCCGUAGAAAUAAGUUUUUUCCGUUUUCCGUGUUCCGUGUUCCGUAGAGUAAAAUUUUUAUUCCCAACAUCUCUGGUCUGUAGCAGAGUUGAGCGGAAUAACUCAACCGCAAGAAUUUUUAUCUUUUUUAGAAAAUUUUUUCACAAAAUGUGAUCAACUGACAAAAUGUAGAGCAAAGUGAACUGUGCUCAUAGAAAAAUAAUUGAAAAUUUAGCGUUUCCUACAAAAAAGUUAUUCGAGUUGUUCCGUUGGCCCCCUUUUUUCACGCAACAACUCGAAUAACUUUUUUGUAUGAGCAGCUAAAUUUACAAUUAUUUUUCUAUAAGCACAGUUCACUUUGCUCUACAUUUCGUCAGUUGAUCACAUUUCAUGAAAAAAUUUUCUAAAAAAGAUAAAAAUUCUUGCGUCUCUUUUCUGUAGCAUUUUUUCGAAAAAAGUUAUGAUUUUUGGAGAUUUGAGUUCAAGUUUCCAGCACAUUUUUUCCAGCUCCUCAAUUCUGUGGUCCCCGUGCUCGACGUCAUCUCCGCCAGGCCCCCAACGAUCAAGAUCCGGCACCAAUCGGCCAGACUCCGGUGUCUCGAGCUCCGCCGCGUCCGGCACAGGUCCCAGCGGGUCCGGCGCCCGAACCUCCGGCACCGUCGCCGUCAACCGGUGGCACCUCGUCCAAAAUGACGCUUUUUUUGGGCGUCGGCGCCGUCGGAUGUCUGUUUUUGUGCGGCGCUCUCGCGCUCGCCGCAUUUCUGUUCGUGCGGAAGCAAGCGAAAGAGAAAGAGGAAAUGGAGGCGCGGAAAAAAGUGAAACAGCAGCCGACGGAGCCGGGCAGGAUGACGAAGCAGAAGAAGAAGAAGGAGAAGGAGGGCAGGAAGGGGAGUCAGAUGAAGACGGUCGGCGACGAGACACGCGUCGAGCGACAAGAAGCGAGGGAGAAGGAGCGACGCGAGGAGCAACACCGCUGGAACAUCUUCCACGAGGCCAAUCAGAAGGAGAACUCGUUCAUUUCCUAA